AAUGGUGACUUUAAGGUGUUUCUAUGAUGUCCUUGAUAAACUAUGUAAAUUAAAGGCCCCUAAUAUUCUAGAAUUUAGGAUUAAUUAUGUGGUCAUGAGGAACUUUAGUCCUGAUUUGAGUCUAAGGAAAAAAUAGGAGUUAAAAAAAUUCAAAUAAACUCCAGAAAUAAUAGGAAAAAUGAAACAACGAAUAAAUUCAGUAUAUUAAAAAAUACAUAGGUAGACUGACCUUUUAGAGAUGUGCAAAGGGUCAAACAUAGAUUAGAGUAAUCACACAGAAGAUUGCAGAAAGCCAUUUUGCCUUUUUAAGAAAGAGAAUAAUACAGGCAAGAAGAAAACUAAGGAACCAGUUAUGGAAAAUUUGAAGGCUUUUUCACAGCCGCCCUUUAUAUGGAGCCAAUGUUAUAGGGAUUAAAAAUAUAAGGUCAUAUAUAGCUCACAUGUAUAAGGUCUACAUAAAAGUGAUCCUCUCAUAACCUUUAAGCAAAUCCUUAUUUAAGAGUAGUAACUUGAAAUAGUACAAUAAUCAGGACCAAAUCAGAAUGACUCUGAGAUGAUUGAGGAAACGCCUUAGGGCAACAUAGUCCAAGGCAAAAGGCUGACAUCAUUAACCUUAAUUUUUAAUAAAUAUAAUCAUAGAAUAAUUAAAACAUUGCUCUUGAUUUUCAAUAAAGAAAUUUAAUAAAAAAAUCUAAAUUGAUU